UGCUGUCAUGAUAACCGUGCGCGCCUUCAAACUUCACAUGAAAAUUUCAAAGUCGUUCUCGUCGUUCUGCAGACACGAAAAAGAUUUCACGAAUUCAGUUCAUUGUGGAUGCCGUUCUGGAACUGAGUGAAAUAUGCAAUUUGUUCUGAAAAAUCAUCUUAAAUCUAAUAAAAAAUCCGUGUAUAGUAUACGAGUGAGAAAUUUAUGCACUUUCAAAACAAUAAAUCAUAUAAAAGGAAUAAGAAAUUCUUGAUCGAAGGCGAUUUAGUUUUUUAAUUUCUUCCCUUUCUAUUUAAAAAAAAAGAAGCAAAAAAUUAAAGUGUUCAAGAUCACAGCUUAAGUGUAAGCGUGAAAAAUAUUAAGAAAAUUGUUACAACUAAGCAACCAAAAAUAAAAUUUUUCGUGUGUUCGCUGCUUGUAAAUCAGCAAAAAUUAAAAAUUCCUGUGAUUUUAUUCAAGUCAAAUAUUUCACCACGAUAAGGAAUUGAUAAGCAUCAUUUAAAAAUGCCUAAAACCAGGAAGAAGGGCGGAAGAGGGCAAGCGGCCGAUUCAAAUUCCGAUGAUGAGUCCCUAAAUGACAACACUAGCGUCUAUUCAAUGCGUUCGGACAACAAUGGUUCCGUUGACGAUGAAUCAGAGGAUGCUGCCUUCAGCGCAACGGAAAAAUACGAGGAAAAGCUGGUGCAAGCGAUCGAAAAUGCGACAGAGAAAUCAGCUCAGACGCGUGUGACUGCUUUGCAGGCGAUGUGCGACACAAUGAUGCACAGAUUUUUGCCCGAUUUUAUUGACGACCGUAAAGUCACCAUCAUGGACAUCAUUGAAAAAUCGAUUCGUCGUGGUAAGGGUAAUGAACAAGCGUUGGCUGCUCAUUUGGCACCGUUACUCAUCAUGCAAUUGGGUGGCGACGAAGAAAUUGCGAAAAGCAUCGGAAUAUUGUUGUUGGCGACUGCGCAAAACAAAGCGAACACAUUCGAUGCCAGAGCAAAAUGUGUUUCGGCUUUGGCUUUGUUGAAUUUCUUGGGCGGUGACGAUAUUGGCGAUGUUAUCGCAUUGAUGCAACAGCUUGAGGCAAUUUUCAGUGGCAGCUACUUAAAAGGAGAUAAGACACCCAGUACGGUUGCUGCUGAUGCUGGUGCUCUACAUGCAGCUGCUUUGAGCGCAUGGGGAUUAUUGUUGACACUGAUUCCAUCAGGAGAUUUCUGUUCAUUGAUGUCUACCAAUUCAUUGGCACCAUCGAUCAGCAAUUUGAUUGGAAUGCUGCAGUCUCCUCAUUUGGAAGUUCGAAUGGCAACCGGUGAAGUAAUCGCUCUUGUACUGGAGUGUGGUCGUGGUCACGAAGACGACUUCCUCGAAUCGUAUUUGCCCGAACUGAUCGACGCUACGAAACUUUUAGCCACAGACUCAAAGAAAUUCCGUGCCAAACGCGAUCGUAAAACUCAACGUGCUACAUUCAGAGAUGUUCUCCGAUAUUUGGAAGAUGAUACUCAGCCAGAAAUUACAAUUCGUUUCGGUACUGAAUCAUUAGAGCUGGACACAUGGGCUAUUCAUCAUCAAUACACAGCGCUAUGUGCGAUCAUGGGCCCGGGUAUGACAUCUCAUUUGAGAGAAAACGAUUUUCUGCGCGAUAUUCUUCAACUUGGCUCCAAAUUGAUUCAGGCGAAUGGAAUGGCUGGUUUCAAGCAAAAGAAAUUGGAACGGCGCUUGAUUAAUGCAGCCGCUUUUAAGGCACGAACACUUUCACGCAGCAAAAAUCGUGAUAAACGAUCGGCUGUUUUCGCAUAGAUAAAUUCAAAUAUAUUAUAAGGCAAAGAUAGCAUCGAUUUUAGUUACCAACUAAGUUUGGUCGAUGAGUUUGUUUGGAAAUUCGAAAUUUAUUUUUCUUUUUAAUUUAGUGAGUUUAGGUUACGAAUCCUCUUAUAUUUUUUUCUUCUUUCAUUUUAAUUUAUUUUUUUUUUGAUUUUAUUUGGCUGUACAAGCAGAGACCAAUUUUCGUUGUGUUGCGAUUUUUUGGCGACCUUUUUUUACUUUACAAAGUCAACUUAGCAAAAGUGUGACCGAUUAUAGCGAAUUAUUAUUACCGAUUAGAAAUCGAGCGAUAUGCGUUACAACUUUUAAAAAUGUAAAACCCAAUCUAAAAUUCAAUGUUUUUUACUCUUUAAUUUGUUGUUUUAGCUAAAAAUUAAAAUUUCGUUUUUCGCUGUUUUACCGGGUACAUUGGAUAAAUUGACGUAAGUUAAAUGAAUUUGUAAAAAAAGAAUGUGAAUUAAAUAAAUUAUUUGAUGCAGUCCAACUGAUAUUAUUGCAUUAACA